CUGUCGAGUUUCGGUUUCGGCUGAAGUGAAGUGAAAUUUUGCAACAAACUGAACCUGAUCAAACGCGUAUCGCGACGCGACGUCCUAUUUACGCCACGGCUAGUUGCUCUCUUCUCUGCUAAAAAAAUCAACAAAAAUUAAGACAUUUUCAUAAUCCCAAUUUUCCCAAACAACUGAACCAAAUUCCACUAAAAAAAACAGUCAAAUUGAUAAGAAUAAGAACUUCCUUAAACAUUUUAUUGAAAUUAUAAUAUUGUGUCCAAUAUGUGUUCAUUAUUGAGCGCCCUUUAGCGCCCACGCUGCCUUUCCAACAAUGGCAACAACUCCCGCAACUAAAGAAUCAUUUCGCGAACGACAAAUCUCGGAACUCGAAGUGAUAAAGAGCAUAUUUGGAAACGAUGUUGAAGAUCUGCGUGACAAGAGUGUUGCUGGCAUCUGGAAGCCCCCGGAUAUACGUAUUCUGUUGACCCCCUUACGGGAUUCUUCCGGCAAUGGAGAAGCUUAUGUUAGGACGAAGUUACGGAUUAUUUGCCCGGCGAAAUAUCCUAAAUUACCACCAAAAAUAUCGCUGGAGGAAACCAAAGGCAUCUCCGACAGCCUCAUCGAUGAACUGCUCAAAAUGCUGCACCAGCAAUCCGUUGAACUCCGCGGUGAAGUUAUGAUAUUCGAGCUGGCCCAAACUGUGCAAGCAUUCCUCCUCAAACACAACAAACCACCGCGUGGCAGUUUCUACGACGAAAUGGUUCAAGAGAAACAAAAACGAGAACAAGAAGAACUCUACCAGAAAAUGCAGAAGGAAACCCUCGAGCGCCAGAACCGCUUGGAUGAGGUUGAGAGGCGCAAAGAGAUUUACAAGAGUGAAGCCCGCCGACGAGGUGAACCCCGACGCAGCAUGAGUGAAUCGAAUCGCAAUCCAUCGUCAUCGGAGAGUUCGGAGAAUUCUCUGCCAUAUUUCCGUGGGUUGGUGUAUCCGAAUAAGUGUUUGGAUCAUCGCAGCUGCGAGACGCUGUAUUUUCAGCGAGUUGGUCGUCAGAUUAAACGCGGCUGUUGCUUGGGACACUCGCCCAAGGGAUGCAUCGCUUACACGGGGCUCGACGUUGACAACGGCCAGUUGCUGUUCAUAACCGAAUGGAACAUCAAGUACUCUCAGCUCGAACAACGCUGCACUGGCAGCUGCUUCUGGGGCGUAGAAACCAAAUGUGGGGGCCACAAAAUUGACGAGAUGUGUUUGGCCAUCGAGAAACAAGUCGCCCAACUCUCCCAACUGAAUCACAAGAACCUAAUUCCCUACGAGUGUGUUUUGUGCAUGAAGCGCAAAGAAGGUGUACAAGUUUAUCUCGCUCAGGACUUUGUCCUCGGAACGAGUGUUUUCAAUAUAAGUUCCUCUCUGGGAUGGUGUAUUGACGGGGCGAGGAUGGUGACGAGGGGAGUUAUCGAUGCUUUGGUUUAUUUGCAUAACAAAGGCGUCUCGCACAGUCAUCUAUUUGAUACCACUGUGUUUAUGGAUAACACUGGAACCAUACGAUGUACGGAUUUUUCGCUAGUUCCCAAUCUUCUUGACUUGGUGGGAGGACAGAAAUCUUCAAAAGGAGAUUUGCCAGCUUUGGGGGCUUUGGUGGAAUCCCUGAUGCCCACUCUAACGUUUGAGAUGAGAGAUUUUAUUGACAAGUGCAAUUCGGAUCGAACCCUUUCUGCUUCGGAACUCCUUGAACAUCCAUUCCUCAGAUCAGCUGCGUAUCAUGACGAAAAAGAAAAUGGUAUUCCUCAUAAGGCAGCUAACUGCGAACCGAGAGCUGUGGUGGAGAAGAACAACAAACGGGACACUUUAGCUGUGCCCUCAUUCAAUCCCGACCGAUCCGGUUUCACUAUACCCACUUUGAUUACAAGUCAUAGCCGACUAAAGACCGAAUUCGAGGAACUAAAGUAUCUCGGAAAGGGGGCAUUCGGCGAUGUCUUGAAGGUUAGAAAUAUCCUCGACAAUCGAGAGUACGCCAUCAAACGUAUCCCUCUCCCUGCAAGAAGUCGUCAGCUGUACAAAAAGAUGACUCGAGAAGUGGAACUCUUGUCGCGCUUAAAUCAUGAGAAUGUUGUGAGAUAUUUUAACAGUUGGAUCGAGAGUGCAACCGAUGCUGAUAUGGAGGAAAUGGAUAAUAGUGUCUCAGGAGAUUUGUCUGUGAGCUAUGAAAGUACAAAACCUAAAGCUGCAUCAAUUCCUGACAUGGACGAAAGUUCCUCAAGCAUUUGGAAGGGUUUUAUGCCAACUAUUGAUGACUCGGACAGUGAUGGCAUUGAAUUUGUCAAUUCCAAUGGAGAGGUAGCUGUCUACGAGGAGGAGUCGUCUGAUGAAACAGUCGAGAAAUGUGCUUCCCCUCGUCCAAUGGCUCAAGUUAUGUAUAUUCAGAUGGAGUUUUGUGAAAAGUGUACAUUGAGAACUGCCAUAGAUGACAACUUAUACGAGGACACAGAUCGAUUGUGGCGAUUGUUCCGGGAAAUCGCCGAAGGCCUCUCGCACAUCCAUCAACAGGGCAUGAUCCAUCGUGACUUGAAACCCGUCAAUAUAUUUCUGGAUUCGCAUGAUCAAAUUAAGAUCGGUGACUUUGGAUUGGCGACGACGAGUUUCUUAGCACUACAGGCCCAAGAACACGUCAACCAUUCUCAUGUGCCAACAACCGAAGAAGGUACAGGAACCGGCAAAGUAGGUACAACGCUGUAUGUCGCCCCAGAGCUGACGGGCAACGCUUCGAAGUCAACCUAUGGCCAAAAAGUCGAUAUGUAUACUUUGGGGAUAAUUCUCUUCGAGAUGAGUCAACCUCCCUUUGAAACUGGAAUGGAACGGGCUAAGACGAUUCUAUCGCUGCGUACUCCGGCCAUCAUCAUCCCAGAUUCUAUGCUGAAGGAUUCGAAGUGCGAGAAGACUAUACAGAUAAUUCGAUGGCUUCUUAAUCAUGAUCCCUGUCAACGACCCACCGCCGAGGAGCUAUUGGCCUCAGAUCUGGUGCCACCAGCACAAUUGGAGGCAAAUGAACUUCAAGAAAUGCUGCGACACGCUCUUGCUAAUCCUCAGAGUAAAGCCUACAAGCACUUAGUGGCUCGAUGUCUCCAGCAAGAGAGCGAUGAAGUCCUGGAGCACACCUAUCACCUCGGAUUAGUGUCCCUGAAUCCAGCCAUUGAGUUUGUUAAGUCAAAAGUUGUGGGUCUGUUUCGGAAGCACGGAGCAAUCGAAGUAGACACACCGCUUCUCUCGCCAUUCUCGAAAAAUAGCAGUGUCUGGCUGAAUCCAGUCAAGCUUAUGACCCACUCGGGGGGAGUUGUUGUUCUGCCAAGCGAUUUGCGGGUGCCCUUUGCCCGCCAUAUUGCCAUGAGCGGGGUGAAUAUGAUCCGACGAUACUCCGUCGACAGGGUGUAUCGCGAGAAGAAGGUCUUCAACUUCCACCCGAAGCAGAACUACGAGUGCGCAUUCGAUAUCAUCACCCCGAUGCCUGGGAACCAUCUUAUCGACGCCGAGAUUAUGUCUGUCGCCUACGAGAUUACAAAUGAGAUUCCCCGCCUCAGGGAUAAGAACAUCUGCAUACGGAUGAAUCACACAAGUCUGCUGCGAUCCAUUCUGAUUUACUGCAAUGUGCCAAAGUCAAUGUAUUCAGAGCUGUUCGGCAACAUUUUGGACUACAUCGAGGGCCGUUUGUCGAAGUUCCAUUUCCACUCUGCCGUAACUGCCAUAAUGGAGAAGUCCAAGACAAGUGCCAGUGCAUUGAUAGAUCUGCUGUUGGCGGAUUUUAUUGUGAAUGGCCAGAGAAACAACGCUGAUGAAUCGGCUUUGAAGUCUCUGGUACGUGGGAAGGGGGAAGCAUCUUCUUUGGCCAAGGGUGCCAUAAGAGAGUUGGAGGCGAUUGUUAUGCUUGCCAAGAGUCUUGGAGUCACAUGUCCAAUCCAUGUGUGUGCUGGGCUUCCUAUAAGUUUUGAAAGGGCGUCUUCCGGAGGGAUAGUGUGGCAGAUGAUUGCUGACGUGAAGCCAAAUCGAUCUGCACGUCCCUCGGUUCUGGCGGUGGGUGAACGCUACGACACAAUGUUGGUUGAGUUCCAGAAACAAGCGCAGAGCUUCAACGCGAACAUCCCGAAUCGAGGGAUUUGCGGGGCGGGUUUAUCGUUUUCCCUGGACAAGCUUGUCGCCGCUGUUGGCUCGGAGUUCGAUGAGGAAUGUCGAGCCAUUGAUGUUGGAGUCUGUGUCACCGGCUCAAGGCCACCCCUCAAGGAUGUCACCUAUAUUAUGCGAAUCUUAUGGUCUGCCGGAAUUCGAAGCGGAAUCGUAGAGGCUACCGGACCCGAAGAAGCCCAAGAUCUGGCUAAAGAUCUUGGUGCUGUUCAUGUGAUUCUUGUCGCAGAGAAUGGAUCGCUUCGGGUGCGCUCGUGGGAUCGAGAACGCUUCCAAGAGCGACAUGUUACACACGCCGAACUGGUCGAAUACAUACAGAAACUCCUCCGACACGAUAACAACUCCCUAGACUACAUGACGCAAGGCUUCUCUGGACUCAGCAUGUCUGCCUCAACUACCAGUAUUAAGAACAGUGGAACCCUCCUUAGUCACUUACCAAAAGUGCAAGUUGUGUUCAUGACUCACGAGAAAAUGACUGCUAACAGUCGACGACGUUAUGAGAAUCAUGUAACUCAACAAAUGACAACAACUUUAUUGCAAUUUGGAAAAAACGAAGAUUUUACCGUCCUUGUUGUGGAUCUGCCAUCAACAGCUAUAAAUGCCAUCGUAGGUGCUAUAAAUCCUCGAGAAGUCACAAAGAAAGAGACUGAACUGGAAUUGAAUAUUGUGAUAGAAAGAUUUCCUAAACAUAGACGCUACAUAUCUACGAUUUUUGAUGAAAUCAUUGAUAUAUUAUCGGAAAAAAAUAACACUCCCAUUGUGGCCUUGUACAAUAUCAGCGAUUCAUAUUAUCGUGUGAUUAUUUAACUUAACUUAACUUAACGAAUGUCGUUUUUGAUUUUAGUUUCUCUUACUUACUUUUUUCUUCAUAUUUUUACAUAUAAAUAGUUUCGUAAUAAAUCUCAUCCUCGCGUCAUUUUGUAAAUUGUAAGAAUUAAUUAAAAAAAUAUGUUUAUUUUUCUUCCUUUUUGUACGCUCGAAAUAUGUAAUCAUAAACUAAAAUUAUACUUUUCAUCAUUUAAUUAAAAAAAAAAUUAAUAUUAAAAGUUCAAAAGUUAGGAAAGUUCAAAAGUUUGAAGGGAAAUAAUAAUCUCUGAAAGCUAUUUGAGUGUUUUGUCAUUUAUUUUGCAUUAUUUUUGUUACCUAACAUCUUUAAUUAAAUCAUUUAAAAAU